GGAUUUGUAAGUACAUACUUCACGCUGGCUUGCAACUUCGCGCAGUUUUAAACGGUGCUGCGAAAUCGAGCUUCUUUAUGACUUUAUCUGCUGAUUUUUUGCAAACAAUACGGAAUCGCUUUUAGAAAUUUGUUGUUGGUCCGCUCCGUCAUUAAUCAGUCUACAAUAUGGACAAGGUUAUCGAUGCAGUUUCCGAUGCUUUGGGCACCAACACCCCAGCCAAAACGGCGCUGAUUAUUCUGUCCGAUGGCGCUGAAGAGUCGGAAGUUGUUAUCACUGCCGACGUUCUGUCCCGUGGAGGCUUUAAAGUUACCAUUGCUGGAUUCAGUGGGGAAAGUGCGGUGAAAUGCAGCCGCGGAGUGCAGAUCAAGCCGGAAAUGAGUCUGGACAAAGCCAUGGACCUUGCUGAAACGAAGCCCUAUGAUGUCGUUGUCCUGCCAGGUGGCCCGCAAGGAACGAAAAACCUGACCGAAUCUGUUGCUGUAGGAAAUUUGCUGAAACGCCAGGAGAUGAAUAAUGGAUGGAUUGCUGCUAUCUGUGGUGGUCCGAUGGCGCUGCGAUCUCACUCUAUUGGCGUGGGGAAAUGCAUAACUGCUCAUAAAUCGAAGUGGGACGAGUUGAAAGCUGGAGGACAGCAUAAAGUCUGCACCGCUCGAGUGUGUAUUGAUGGUCAUCUCAUCACCAGCCAGGGGCCGGGAACCGCUUUUGAUUUCGGUUUGGCUAUUGUGGAGAAGCUAAUUGGGCCGGAAAACAUCCCGAAACUUCAGGAAGAUCUGGCAUUAAAAAUCUGAAAAGCUUUGUCGGCUGGCUGAUUUCUGAUCUGCAUGGUUCUUCUGUGUUUCCAUCUUUUUUAUUCUCUCUAGUUGUGGCGUUAGUUUGGUUAAAGCGAGCUGAAGAAUAACUAUGUUCUGGACAUUUUUGUAACAGUACGAUAAAGAAGAAGACUAUUUGUG